AGAUAAGCCCACACAGCAAUGAGCAGCAGCACAGUAGAUUUAUACACGAAACAAUGUACUGUGAUUUCAAGACGGACGAAGAAUGUCCCUUACGUUGAGAGGGUGGGAGGUGUGACGGGUUUGUCCUGUUUUUCCUCUUGCUGUUGAGAUGACAUGAGAGCUCACAGCCCCGACUAGUGUUGAUCAGAAAGGGAGGGAGGUGUCCACCAUCCUCUGGCCAUCAUCAUUCUCCACAGCACCGCCAUCGCAUCACAGGGCUUUGUGUUGCGGACGUGCAUUUGUGUUGCAAGAGAUUUACAGUUGCAGUGUGGAAUGAGACACCGACUGGCGUGUAAGUGUCUUCUGUUUGAAUAAUGUUGCCGGGAGUGGGUGUGUUUGGAACAGGGCAGACAGUACGUGCCCUGGUGCCAUUGCUCCAAAAGGAAGGCUUCCCUGUUCAGGCCGUCUGGGGCCGUACACAAGAGGAAGCAGAGUCACUAGCCAGCGAGUUGGACAUUCCCUUUUCCACCAGCCAGACAGAUGAUGUGCUGCUACAUCCGGAGGUCCACCUUGUCUGCAUAUUGACACCUCCUCCACACACACGGCAGAUUGCGGUAAAAGCUCUAGGUAUAGGUAAAAAUGUGAUCAGUGAGCAGGCAGCUACACUGACAGAUGCCUGUAAGAUGGUGACAGCGGCAAGAUAUUACCCACAGCUUAUGAGUAUCAUGGGAAAUUCCUUGCGCUUCUUGCCUGCAUUUGUCCAGAUCAAACGCCUUCUAGGAGAGGGUUAUUGUGGGACCUUGCAGGUAUGCGAAGCACGUGUUUAUGGAGGCUCACUGCUCAGCCAAUCAUAUGGCUGGGCGUGGGAGGAGCUUAUGGGGGGAGGUGGCCUGCAUACAGUGGGCUCCUGCAUCAUUGACCUCCUGAGCCACCUCACGGGACGUCGGGCUAUGCGAGUGCAUGGAAUGCUCCGGACUUUCGUACGUCAAAGUGGCCCAGCGGGAGGGAUUCGUUCUGUAACCGCAGAUGAUUAUGCUUGCUUUCAGCUGCUGAUGAGCGGAGGUGUGGUCUGCAGCGUUACAUUAAACUUCAAUCUACCUGGCACAGAUGUGCAUGAGAUCAUGCUUGUGGGGUCAUCAGGACGGCUCAUUGCUCGAGGAACAGAGCUGUAUGGCCAACGGACCAACAUGCAAGUAGAGGAGCUUCUUUUGACUGAUGGUGGAGAAGGUGUAGGACCAUCUGUCAGGGGACUGAACAGCAUGGUGACUCAGCUCAGACUCUCUUUUCAGGCACAAGAGGACAGGCGCUCUUGGGUGCGGCAUCCUGUUUCCAUGGCAGCCUCCUUUGAGGAUGGGCUGUAUGUACAGACAGUUGUGGAUGCUAUCAAACGAUCGAAUCGCACUGGAGAAUGGGAGUCAGUGGAGGUCAAGAUACAGGAUGUUGACCCAAACCACAACCACAGGACCCUGCCAAACUAACACUACACACACUGUUACAUUCUAUAUCUGAAGACCAAGCCUUUUUACAUCAUUCACCUUCUUUUAUAAUCAGAUAUCCAUGCUUUCAUUUUAAACAAAGUACCUGAAACUGAAUGCAAAAUUUAACUGAAAGUUCAUGCGUGCUAACUGAAAGUUUUAAGUUAUCAGGGGAGUUGGGUCGCAAAACACUGGAGAUGCAUCACUGGUUAGGAAUUGUGGUUUCAGGGUUGUUUUGUUGCCUAUUUACUGUAACACAAAAAAGAUGUGCGAAGCUUAUCUGUGAAAACUUAGUGCUUUCCUUCUUAUGUGAUCAGUUUAAAUUUUUAGUCACUGGGUUUAAGUGUGAGCCCCUCAAGUUUUUAUAUUUUAUAUGAGUAGUGAAUAUAAGCUUGUGCUCUGCUGAGGAUUUUUUCUGUAUAUGUGCACAUGAGAGAGCUUUAGAAACGUACUUGUCACUGAGAAACGUACUAUGCUGGACACUAGAUAUCAUUUACUGUAAUAAACCUGUUGUGACUUAUAUCCUGAUGUCCAAUGCAUUGGACAUGUUAACGGUUUUACUAAGCUGCACAAAGUUUUUUAAAUUAUGUUUUCAUUUCUGAAUUUGUGUCUGCACUGUUUAAGAGUUCAAGAGAGAUGGUUUUGUGUGUGGAUGGUGUUUUUUAAUUCAUUGUUAUAAGUUUAAUAAUAAAUAUUUACUUAAUUUAAUUAAAUAUUUUUACUUCUGGUUUUUACACAAAUACCUGUUGAAUAACAACAAAUAUUUACCUUAUUUAGUUCUUUUUAAAUGUGGCUUUAACACGAAUACCUACCCAGCAGAGGGGGCGCUAAAGGCUCGUGUCUAGAUGGUAACCCUCGUCUGAACUUCUCGCGCGAUUUACAUACAUGUUUGAUCCUACAGCAAUGAUGAUGGACAGAAAAAAAAAAGAAACUUUGCAAAAUGUAAAGAAUCACAAGCAGAGGAUUCUCAAGCUAUGUGAAGCCUUGUCAGUUGCUUUUUUUUAUUCACAUGUACUAAUGUAAAGUUUUGUCAUUACAUGUGUUGGACUUUAAGAUUUAAUAAAUAUUAAAAGAAAAAGAAAAA